AUGGCUCUUCUUGCCAAGUUGCUGGACUUCCCCUAUCUAACUGAAGGCCUUUGUGUGGCUCUCUUAUUGAUUCUGAUUUCUAGCUUCUGGGAGGAUCUGGCUGAGGAAAUUCCAUACUUACGAAUUCCAUUGAUUGGUAAAAGCUGGUGGGAUCUUUCCAACAAAAAAGCCAAAUCGAGAUUUAACAGGUCGGCUCGCUCUCUGAUUGCUGAAGGGUUUGAGAGGGGCAAGGAUGUCUUCCAACUCAUGGGGGCAACCAAAUCAUUGAUCAUUCUACACCCGAAGUAUAUUGAUGAAAUCAAGAACCAUCCCCAUCUGGACUUUGAAGGUGCCACUGAGAAAAACUUCUUCUCUGGUCGCAUUCCUGGCUUCGAGCCGUUUAUUCAUCCGAAUGGCGGAUCCCAGGUACUCUUGGACUCGGUCCGGAUCAAGUUAACUCAGGCGCUUGGCGGUUUGACAAUUCCCCUUUCCAAGGAAACGGCCGCUACAGUGAAAGAUACAUUCCCCAUAUCAAAUGAGUGGAAGCCGUACAACUUCUCACACAAGGUCCCUUACAUGGUCGCGCGUAUCUCUACAUUGGCAUUUCUCGGUGAAAGCGUCUGUCGCAAUGAAGACUGGAUCAACGUGGCUGUCAACUACACAAUCGAUGCAUUCAACGGAGCCCGAGAAUUACGACAAUGGCCUACCAUUUUACGUCCACUAGUUCACCACUUCCUACCAUCCAUGCGAAAAGUCCGUGCCGAUUUGUCCAUCGCCCAAGGUAUUGUGAAACGAGAAGUCGAAAAACGCCACAUGAUUCGUGAUGGGACAUUGCUUCCCGAUGGCCCACCUCGUACCCAUACUGAUGCUCUCGACUGGUUUGAGGAGAUUUCGAAAACCAGCAACCUGCCAUUUGACAUGACACGCGGCCAGGUUGGUCUGUCCCUAGCCGCUAUUCAUACCACCUCUAACCUUCUCACGAAUAUCAUGUACGACCUCGCUGCAUACCCGGAGUAUAUCCAACCCCUUCGCGAUGAGAUUGCCGCCAUGAUUGCCGAGGAUGGAAUUCUGAAGAAAUCCAGCUUAUUGAAGCUGAAGUUGAUGGAUAGUGUGAUGAAAGAGUCACAACGUAUCCAUCCGGUUAGCUUGACAUCCUUAAACCGUCUUACUCUCAAGGAGGUUUCCCUGUCAAAUGGUACAGUAAUUCCAAAAGGAGCUCUAGUUGCCGUCUCAGCACAUAUCAACUUUGACGAAACCGUCUAUCCCCACCCUGAAAGAUACGACGGCUAUCGAUUUUUGAAGAAACGCCAGGAACCAGGUCAUGAGCACAGACAUCAAUUCGUGACGACUACUCGGGAAAGUUAUGCGUUUGGGCAUGGUGUCCACGCAUGUCCAGGUCGUUUCUUUGCAGCGAACGAAUCCAAACUCCUACUUAUUCACCUGUUACUCAAAUAUGACUGGAAACUACAGGAUGGUCGGGAACGGCCAAAAAACUUUGAUAUUGGAAGUGAGAUCAUCACUGAUCCCACUGUUGAGCUACUUUUCCGAUCUCGGGAUCCGGCUAUUGACCUUUCAGCACUGGGAUAG